AGAAUUAGAAAUAAUAACCCUCUUUGCAGGGGAAAGAUUUCAGCGAGGUGUUUCCCGGGUAACUGCCAGCUCUCCACACGCUGCCCACUGUCACUCAGCGAACCGACACACACCGCUGCGCGUCUCCAAGCAGCCUUCGCUGCGCAGCACUUUGUUCGGUUUCCACAAAGUCCAGUACAAAACCGCCACUCAUGCCAGGGCUACGUUGAGGCUUGUUUUAAGAGUACAGGUCACAGAGGUACGCAGGCAAUAAGGAUUUGAAGAUUUAAAUCUAAAAUUAUUCUUAAAAAGCCAGAUAUUUUGCUUUGUCUCUUAUAAGAAGUCAUCUGUUCAGGCUAAAGGGAGUUAAUAGGAUGGAAGGUCCACUUCCAGAGCCAGUCGUUAAUGGAGAAACAGAAGAGAAGGUGAAUGGCAGAGUACCCAAAGCGAGAGAGAGGAACUCCAAGCUCUCCGUCAGCCCUUCCCCGUCCAACGCGUCGUCCAACGCCUCACUCACAACCCCAUCUGCACACACCCCACCCGAGGGUCUGGUCACAAAUGCCAUCCCAGCUCUCAACCUCACGCUGCAGCAGGUCAAAGAGCUCACCCACCAGAAACGCUCCAACAAGAGAGCCCCGCCCAUGGACUGGACCAAGAAAAACGAGCUCUUCAGCAACCUAUAGGACGCCUGCGUUCACGCGAAGCCCACACUUUUAAUUUUAGGAAAUCCUUCCUAGAAAUGUUAGAGAGGUAUUUUAUUAUGACGAUGUUCUAAAGAUCAAUACAUCAUAGAAAGUUAAUGCUGUUCUGUAAAAUAUAGCAUUCCUCUAGGCAUUAGUCCUCACAUUAUUAUAAACCGUAUAUAAUACUGUAUAUUUUUUAUCUGCUUCUAACCAGAAGAAAUAUAUGUAUGCCAAAUGAAACAGAGAUCCAUACUCUGGUCAGGUUGGAGCAGACAGUUUUCUCCUUCUGUUUUGAUUUCUGAGUGUGUGUCUGACCAAGCGUGUGUGUGUGUUAGGCGCAUGGGGAAAUGUGAAGGAGUUGCAGAUUUUAACACUGAACUUUUUACUGUCAAAACAACCACAUGGCGACCGCCUGACAAUCAGUCAAUUAAUAUAAAGUUGUUGUUUUUUUCUAAGUUUCUCCCAUGUCUUUCAGUUCUGAAGUGAAAGAUGGAUUCCCAAAAAAAAAAAAAAAAAAAUCACUGAGUUUCUUGUUUCCCCCUAGAAUCUAUGUUCUAACUCUGCGUCCUUUUUAAUGCUUAAACCCUAUUUGGUAUUUUAGAGAUGAUUAAAUCACCUCUGACCAACUUCCACAUUCCUACUGUAGAAAAGCCCAGCAUGACGCUGCCGCCAUGUUUUCAUCUGUUGCGUGUAAAAUUCAAAACCUUAGAAAAA